CGUUUGUUGUGAGGAGAAACUGAUGAAAACAGAACCAGAAUCAUUCACUCAGUCAAACUAGUGUCUCUGAGUCCGGGCUCGGGGAUGAUGUGGGAGCAGCUGGAGCUGCGGCCGAGCAUCGUGGCCGCGGCCAGGAGAGCCAAGCUGUCCUCCGUCCAGGACGUGCUGUGUGUCUCCGAGACCGAGCUCCAGAGACUGACGGGUCUGGCCAGCCCAGAGGUGCAGCAGCUGCUGUCUGCCGCCGCCCACGCCUGCAGGGGGCGCCCUCCAGUCACAGCCCUACAGGUGCAGCGGGGCGAGUGUCCCGGCCUCGGGUCCGUCCUCAGACUCAGCGUGGGCUGUCCGGUGCUGGACCGGCUGCUGAGGGGGGGUCUCCCUGUGGGGGGGGUCACCGAGCUGUCGGGGGAGAGUGGAGCAGGGAAGACCCAGCUGGCCCUGCAGCUCUGCCUGUCUGUGCAGUACCCGGCACAGCACGGAGGCCUGGGAGCAGGAGCGCUGUACAUCUGCACCGAGGACUCGUUCCCCAUCAAACGUCUGCAGCAGCUGAUCUCGGAGCAGCCGCUCCUGCGUCCUGACGUCCCCCCGUCUGUGCUCGGGGCCCUGCGCUUCAGCGACCACGUCUACGUGGAACACACCGCCGACCUGGACUCCCUCCAUGUCUGUCUGCACAGCCGCGCCCCCCUGCUGCUGGCGCGGGGCCUGGUCCGGCUGGUGGUGGUGGACUCGGUGGCCGCGCUUUUCCGCUGCGAGUUCCAGGCAGACGAUUGGCUGGAAAGGAACAGACAGCUGAUCUCCUUCUCGUCCACAGUGCACCGCCUGAGCCACGAGUUCACCGCACCUGUCCUCUGCAUCAACCAGGUCACCAGUGUUUUCGGCCAGUCAGGCGACAGCUUCGGGCCGUCGUCGUCCUCCGUGGCCCCUGCGUUGGGUUUGGCGUGGGCCAAUCAGGUCAUGGUUCGGCUGAUGAUGCGGCGUCUCCAGGGGACGGUCUCCCGUGGCGACCAGAGCAGCACUCUGCGCAGGUUGGAGGUGGUGUUCGCUCCUCAUUUGGCCCGCGAUGGUCGGGACGCAGCCGUGUGGAAGGAGGGUGUCCGUGGAGUGGAAGAGGCCGAGGGCCUGCGGACCCCCAACUCUACCGAGGCACAACAGUCCAUGGCCACGCCCCCAUCGGUGAUGUCACCAUGUGCUGCUGAGCCUAAUGGAAGCCUGAAUGCAUGUGGACAGUCCGUUUCUUAG